GCAGGGCAACGUUCCCGACCUGCAGCAAUUCAUUGUCGUCCAGUUUCACUUAACUUUUCUGCUCCUGCUCUCCUACACUUACAUGGCGGCCGCCCCGCAAGCUGCUCCCCAAACGGGACAGCAGGCAGGUCCAACCGGGGAACAGCCCCGCCCUACACCCAACGUAGCCUUCGACAAUCUGCAAGCCAUGAUGAAUCUUGUUCUUGUUUCAAGCGGCCGCUUCAUCAAAGAACAGCAGGCCGGAGGUGGCUCUGGGCGCAUGCAGUUUGCCAUGAAGCGCGCAGUCCCAGCCGCGCUAGAACGCUUUCAAGAUUCUCUCGAUGAGCUGGAAAACGAGCUUCAACACGCACAAACAGCCCUUCGGAGAGAUCUCGCGUUGCUGCAGGCAGACCGCAGAAAGCGGGAACAAGCAGAAGCUGCCGAGCGACAGCGUCUGGCCGCCGAGUCCUCGGCAAGGAAGAACGUCGUCGCGAAGCAGGAAACCACAGCUGAGACAAACGCACCUGCCUCCUCGACGAAGCUGGAAGUCUCGACCGUAGAUACCCAGUCCGAGCAGCCGGCGCCGCAACCUGUAGCAUUGAAUCGAGAGCAUGAACCGCCUCCGCCCAUAACGACGACUGUUGCGCCCAUUGGAGAUCUGCUGUUUGACGGCACUCCGACCACCGCGAACCCGCAAGACAGCGAAUUCGACUUCGAGGCCAUGUUCGGCGACAGCGGAAUUAUGGACACUUCUGGCGAUGCCUCGAACAACCAGGCAAGCCUCGACAUAGAUACCUCAGCCGCCGAUUUGACCUUCUCGCUUGAUGAAUCCGGGCCUUCACUCCUUCCCGGGCUAGAGGAUUUCGCAAAAGAUGGCGACGACACAAAUGCAGGCCAGCCGAGCGGAAACAUAGACAUGGACUUUACAAUGCCUGAUCUACCAGACGUGAAUGCUAACCAGUCUUCAAGCCAAACCGACGCAAAGCCCGCGGAGACUUCAACUGCAGACCAGCCUGCGGACGGCGGGGAUAGUGCAAAUCUGUACGACACUAUCACAAUAGACUACCUGGAUGGUCUGUACGACUAUGACAAUCCUGAAACCACUGAGUUCGACAACGCUAUCUUUGGUUUUGGUGAGAGCUAAUAUCGCAUUUCAAUAUGUGUAAUGUAGGGAAGAGGGUUCGGGUUUGCCGGCUGCACGCCAUCUUGGGUCGACGUUUAGAAAUCUGCGUAGAAAUCUGUGGUUUUGAGUUUUCAGGCAUCGUGCCAUCUCCGUCAUUGUUUACAUAUCUGCGUAGAACCCUGAGGUUUGGGGAAACCCGAAAGUUACGAUACCCCUUUUAGGCAGUCAUGGGAAAGUAGCCUGCUUCCACGCACUGCUCACUCACAACGCACGUACAACC